AUGGACGAGCCCGAUUUUGUCGUUCUACCGUCAAAUCCAGAAGAAGCUAAAAAGGUCCAGAAACGCGCAGCCAGAUUUACGAUACUUAAUGAUGAACUCUACAAAAGGGGUUACUCCCAGCCAUAUUUGAGAUGUGUAGAAGGGGAAGAAGACAAAUACGUCCUGGAGGAAGUGCACGGAGGAAUCUGCAGAGACCACAUAGGGGCAAAGUCCCUCGUCAGGAAGAUCAUGAGAACGGGCUACUUUUGGCUAAUAAUGCAGCAAGACGCAGCUGAUUUCGUGAAGAAGUGUGAUAGUUGCCAAAGGUUCGGGAUACCUAGGACGAUCAUAUCAGAUAACGAUCGUCAGUUCAACAGCCAAAAGUUCAGAUCAUUUUGCUCGGGCUUGGGCAUCAAAAACAGGUACUCAUCGCCAAGUCAUCCUCAUGCCAACGGACAAACGGAAGUAACCAACCGGACCCUGCUCAAGAUUAUCAAGUCCCGGUUAGUGGGAGCAAAGGGAACGUGGCCUGAAGAGUUACCAAGUGUCUUGUGGGCAUAUAGGACGACAGCGGGGACACCAACAGGAGAAACACCAUUCAGUCUGACAUACGGCACAAAAGCAUUCAUCCCAGUUGAAGUAGGGCUCACUAGCCUUAGGAGAGAAUUCUUUGACGAGCAAACCAAUGACGACCAGUUGAAGCAGAACCUGGACUGUCUAGACGAAGUUAGAGACCAGGCAUCCCAAAGAAUGACCAAAUACCAGUAG